ACUUGUGCCGCUAUUAUCGAACCAAUUCAGGGUGAAGGUGGUGUUUUUGAGGCGAGAGUUGAAUUUUUGGAGGCAUUGAAAGUUAGAUGUCAAGAAGUUGGUGCAUUGUUAAUUUAUGACGAGAUUCAGUGUGGUCUUGGUCGAACUGGAAAAUUAUGGGCACAUCAAAAUCUGCCAAAAUCUUGUCACCCUGAUAUAUUGACAAUGGCGAAACCAAUGGCUAACGGAAUACCGAUUGGUGGCAUAAUGGUCACAAAUCGCGUAGCAGAUUUAAUUGGAAUUGGUGACCAUGGAACUACUUUUGGUGGUAAUCCACUUGCAAGUCGUGCAGGAAUUUAUGUAUUAUCAAGAAUAAACACACCCGAACUACUAGAUAACGUCAAUACGAUCGGGGCAUAUCUUCGUACAUCAUUUGAAGAGCUUUCAGCAAAACAUCCUUCACUAAUCACCGAAAUAAGAGGUCGUGGCUUAAUUCUUGGGAUACAAUUUUCGCGUGAUCCCACACCUCUUGUACAGUUGGCAAGAGAACGUGGCUUGUUGGUAAUUACAGCGGGCAAUAAUACCGUGCGUAUUAUACCGCCGUUGAUUCUGACAAAGGAUCAAGCAUCGCAUGGUGUCAAGAUAUUAGAAGAGGCU